CUUCUUGUCAAGUCAAUCACAAUCAAAUCGAGUACUUCCGGUUAAUCAUUUAAAAGUAAAAGGCUUCUUGAUAAAGACGCAGUAAAUUCAAAAUGUACUUGGGCUUUCUUGUGGGGGUUUAAUUUACCAGUGCAUUAUGUUUUAUAAACUGAUCAUAUGUUCAUAUGUAAAAUAUGAAUCUGGAAGUAUUACGGCAUCUAACUACAGCUGUGUAAUGACUGUGGUGGAGUGAGGGGUGCAGUAUUUCCCUCUGAGCUGUAGUGGAGUCGACUACAAGUUAAAGCAGCGUAUGCUUUUCUAUAUUUGUCAGCCAACUUGUCCAUAAGAUACACUUUUGAUUUGUAGGCCAGACCCCUUAUCUUCCGGUCUUAUCCCCGCUAACUUUGACAGCUGGACGCAGCUGGACGCAGCUGGACGCAGCUGUUCGCGCGCUCUCAUCCAUCCAGCCCAGACGCGCCCCCGCUCCCCGGUCACAGCCGCUGCCCAGGGGCUUGGAGACACCAAUCAGAACAGCUGGACCGAGGGAUGCGCACUUAAUUAACUUCUUCACUUUGUUUUCACCGUCCUGUAAGCCCCCUGCCCUCUGUCACGAUUCCCACCCAGCGCGGCUCCACGGAUUUUCCGUCAUCGAUUGGUCCCCGACCCGCGCGGAGGAAGUGGUCGGUGGUCUUCCUGGUGACCGCCGUCGCGAUGGUUUUGCUGGCUCUGGCCGUUGCUGUCCCGUUACUGCUGCUCCGCACCUCUGAAACCUCCGCCCGUUACUACGAGAUGAUGGGCACCUGUCGGAUGGUGUGCGACCCGUACAGCCCCAAACCGGGAGAUGCCACCGCCAUGGAGGUGAUCCAGAACGUGAACGGUGUCGCUUCGCAGCCGCCAAUGGCGCAGGGGAGUCGCGGAGAACCAGGGCGACCGGGUAAACCGGGAUCCAGGGGCCCGCCGGGAGAACCAGGACCCCCGGGUCCGAGGGGGCCGCCGGGAGAGCGCGGCGACAGCAAACUCUCCUUCCCCGCGUUAACUGGGGCUGCGGGGGCUGAGAACAGAGAAACAGACAGUGUGAACUCCACGACCAACAGUUUCAGGAUCGCCUUUUACGUCGGUCUCAAGAAUCCACAUGAGGGAUAUGAGGUGUUAAGGUUUGACGACGUGAUUACAAACUUGGGGAACCACUACGAUCCGAGCACCGGGAAGUUCACCUGCCAUGUGUCCGGGAUCUAUUUCUUCACCUACCAUGUGCUGAUGCGGGGAGGAGACGGCACCAGCAUGUGGGCCGACCUGUGCAAAAAUGGACAGGUUCGGGCCAGUGCCAUAGCUCAGGAUGCAGACCAGAACUACGACUACGCCAGCAACAGUGCUGUGCUGCACUUGGACUCUGGAGAUGAGGUCUAUGUCAAACUGGACGGGGGCAAAGCUCACGGAGGCAACAACAACAAGUACAGCACCUUCUCCGGCUUUAUCUUGUACCCUUACUAAACACACCACAGCAUGUCCAUGGACAGUAAUCAUCACUGAAAAUCGUUUGCAGUAAAGUAUAUGGUCUAAUAAGUUUCUCUUCUUUUGAAGGGUGCCAUGACACAGCGGUAUGUUCUGUUCAUCUAUUUAUUUGUGUUUGACUUAAGUUCAACUGGAGGUUGCUGUCAUCAGUGAAUAUGUAAUAUCAGUAAUAUUUAUGUUCCUUUGAUUUAAGGUGGAGACUAACUGGCUGCCUACACGCUCAGAGGUCCAUAGAGAAUAGUAUGAAGUAUUUUGAAGCAAAUGCAUUGAAAUUAAGGUUUUGAAUGAAGGUCAGAGAAGAUGUUUUGACAGUAUAAUUUAGCCAGCAGUGUUUGGCCUCCAGGCUUGGUCACACCAGCAUUGAAAACAGUGAAAUUCUGCAGCAAGAUCAAUUAAUUUGGACAGAAUCGCCAAAUCAGUUACACUGCACACAUGUUACAUCAAGCUCAAUUUUAGUGAACUUUAACCUAUACAUUUGCAGCCUUUAACCAGUCCUGACAGUAGAGACUUCUGAGGGAAUAGAGAGAUGAAAUGGAGGAAGCUAACGUAGCUUAUUAGCUGUGGUGCACCAUCCAGUUUUAUUUAACGUCCUCUCCUCCAAUAAGGAAGAAUGGUUUGUCGACAGGAACAAGACACAAGUCGAUGGUACAGAUAUUCUUUUGAAUAAACUGUGAUUCAAUGUCCUGUUAGCAACCGAGCUAACACCAGGCUAUAAUGAUGAUGAUACAGGUACAAAUUAACAUUUAUGUUGAAAGCUGCACAUAGUCACUUUUGAGGGGGCUAUUGUGACUGGCUAGCGUUAGCAUGCUCCUGGCAUGUUUACUGCUUACAAGCUAGCCCUGUGAGUGGCCCUUCAUCACCGAAUACUGGAUUACUUUCACUGUGCCACGUUCUGGUGUGACCUGAGCGUUACCGUGGUAACUAAAAUACUGACACGUCAAAGUCAUGUGAUAUCACAUGUUUGAAAAGCCCAGUCUCUGAUUUUAUUUCCUAACACAUCAUACCCCCCCCCCCCAACCCAUGAUUCCACUGGCAUGCACCUUAACUGGAUGAGCUGCACCUGUUAUAGAACAUAUGAUUGAUUGAUCGAUCGAUUGAGGUGAUUGGAAAGUGCCAAAGCUGACAGACGUCACAGUCUAAAUGCAUUAAGAUACUUUGAUUGCUGUAGCGAGCAGAAUCGUGGUGCUUUCAGCAGUAUUUAGUGUUUCACAGUAGCAAAUGGAACUUACAAAUGGAUGUCUUAAUUACUAAUUAUUAAUACUGAAUCUGUUAUAUUUUGUUCUCAUAUAUGCCA